AUCCGGCUCAUAGGACAACAUCUACACGACCUGGGGCUAAAUCAGACCGUGGACCUCCUGAUGCAGGAGUCCGGCUGCAGGCUGGAGCAUCCGUCUGCCACCAAGUUUCGUAACCACGUCAUGGAGGGCGAGUGGGACAAGGCUGAGAGCGACCUGAACGAGCUGAAGGCGUUGAUGCAUUCUCCGAGCGCCAUCGUGCGGAUGAAGUUCCUGCUCCUGCAGCAGAAGUAUCUGGAGUACCUGGAGGACGGGAAGGUUCUGGAGGCGCUGCAGGUCCUCCGAGCAGAACUCACUCCUCUGAAGUACAACACGGAGCGGAUCCACAUCCUGAGCGGGUACUUGAUGUGUAGCCAUGCAGAGGACCUGAGAGUUAAAGCGGAGUGGGAGGGAAAAGGCACGACGUCCCGGACAAAGCUGCUGGACCGACUCCAGACGUACCUGCCUCCGUCCGUCAUGCUGCCCCCUCGCCGCCUGCAGACUCUGCUGAAGCAGGCGGUGGAGCUGCAGAGGGACCGCUGCCUCUACCACAACACCAAGCUGGACGGGGGUCUGGACUCUGUGUCCCUGCUGCUGGACCACGCCUGCAGCCGGAAACAGUUCCCGUGUUACACCCAGCAGAUCCUCACUGAACACUGUAACGAGGUCUGGUUCUGCAAGUUCUCCAACGACGGCACCAAACUGGCCACCGGCUCCAAAGACACCACGGUGAUCGUGUGGCAAGUCGACCCGGAGACCCAGCAGCUGAAGCUGAUGAAGACUCUGGAGGGUCACGCGUACGGGGUUUCCUACCUGGCGUGGAGUCCUGAUGACACGUACCUGAUCGCCUGCGGACCUGAUGACUGCUCCGAGCUGUGGCUGUGGAACGUGCAGACGGGGGAGCUGCGUACAAAGAUGAGUCAGUCUCACGAGGACAGUCUGACCAGCGUGGCGUGGAACCCCGAUGGCAAACGCUUCGUCACCGGAGGACAGAGAGGACAGUUCUACCAGUGUGACCUUGAUGGGAACCUGCUGGACUCGUGGGAGGGGGUCCGAGUGCAGUGUCUGUGGUGUCUGAACGACGGCCGGACCGUCCUGGCAUCAGACACGCACCAACGCAUCCGAGGGUACAACUUUGAGGACCUGACCGACAGAAACAUCGUGCAGGAGGAUCAUCCCAUCAUGUCUUUCACCGUUUCUAAAAACGGACGGUUAGCUCUGCUCAACGUGGCCACUCAGGGAGUUCACCUGUGGGACCUGCAGGACCGGGUGCUGGUGAGGAAGUACCAAGGGGUGACCCAGGGCUUCUACACCAUCCACUCCUGCUUCGGAGGACACAACGAGGACUUCAUAGCCAGUGGCAGUGAAGACCACAAAGUGUACAUCUGGCACCGGCGCAGUGAGCUGCCCAUCGCCGAGCUGACCGGUCACACACGUACCGUCAACUGUGUGAGCUGGAACCCCGUCCUGCCCGGAUUACUGGCCAGCGCCUCAGAUGACGGGACCGUCCGGAUCUGGGGACCCGCCCCCUUCCUGGACGUCCAGGAUGCAGAUGGGCUCACUGAAUGUUGCAGCAUGGACAGCUGAUGAUCUGUUGCCGUGGUGACCCUGAGGAGCAUUAAGACUCUACAAACACUUGAAAUGAUGCAGCGGGGAAGGCUUUGGUGAUUCGACAGCCGCCUCCUGGGGGCAGGGUCUGUGGUGCUGCAUGUGCGGCCAGGUGAAGCUGGGCUCCACCUCCAGCGUCUGACCCACCCGUCCUCCUGUGUGAACCCUCAGCCCCCUCACAGGCCACCCUCCUCCUCCUCCUCUUAUUUAUUAUCAGCUACAUAAUUUAUUGAUGAGUAGUUCACUGACUGUGGGAGAUCUGUGUUCUGUCUCCAGUCUGAAGAGCUGUUCCCUUCUCUGAACCUUUUAAGAGAUUUUAUCAACAGGAACAUUGGAUGGAUGUUACACCACCUUGAAGAGUAUCUUCUUAAUGCAAAAGACGACGUUAUCUUGUCCUUUUUUUAGAGCAGAAUAAGAGUUUUAUUCAUUUUUCCUUCAGCUUCUAGUCAGAGACAGAUUAGUAUUUGAUGAGCAUGUUGCAAAGGACGAUGUGUCCGAUGGCUUUCUGGUGUUUUACACUUGCAGUUAGUCUAUAGUCUGUAGUGUGAUGCAUGGUUAGCUGACCGUGAGCAGCAGCCGAUGUAUGGAAUGAAGUUUUAAGGUUUUAUCGGUCGGUCCUCACCUGUGCACAUCUGAGUGUAUUUUUUCUUCUUGCUUUCACAUCUUUGAUCCCUCUUUAUGUGUCCUCUGCACUCAAACAGCAGACUUCAUAUGAAAUGCAUUGCUUUGGUUUAGUUGUUACAUGUUGAAAAACUUUAUUUGUUACGUUACUUUUCUUUUUUGUUUUUUACUUUGAGUGGAGCUGUUACAUUAAAGGGCACACUCCCCGAUGUCCACUGUGCACACUAAACAAAACCCCGCUCAGAGCUGAAAUACUUUAAAGUUAAGGCUGGUGUUUUCUGUGUGCUUAAAUAUGGUCAACAAAUCCCAUGGGGAAAAAAAACAGAACCACAGUUUGUCUGUAUGUUUUUCAUUACGUUCUCACCUUUAAUGAACAGAAGAGUAUUUGCUCCAAGUAUAGGCACAUGAAGGUAGAUGAAGUUCAGAAAGGCAAGAAUAAAGUCUGAAUUUUGGCGGACUAGCUUUCUCUAUCUGUUGCAGGUUUGAUUUAAAAAAUAAAGGAGAGGAAUACUUUUUACCUUUUCACUUUAUUUUUCUCAAAAUGCAAAGUCAAAUGCCAAAUCUGUUCUGUGCCAUUUGUUUCUUCUGUCAGCCGACCAAUCACUUUUUAUAUGUAAAGCAACCAUUCAUAACAAAUGAAGAUGUAACUUUGAUUUAAAAAAAAAAAAACACACCUCAGAUAUAUACUAUAAUGUUUAAAAAGAAGUUUAAUAAUUCUUUAAAAGCGGCUUUUAUCAAUCACGUGACGAAAUAUGGGCAUUUAUUGGGGAUUAUUUUCAGCGUCGGAUGAAUCUGCAUGUGGAUUUGCUGACUGUAAAAAUGAUUCAAGAAAACAGCAGACUUCACUUUAUAAGAGGAGUGACUGAAACAAGUUAUCGGUAAAGAAGACACACUGGCAGUUCAAAGUGGGUUUUUUGGGGGGGUAUGCAUCAUAGACUGUAUAUGAGGAAUGGAUGUAGCCACAAUGAUGUCAUCCAUUAAUUUGUAGACUAACAUUUGAAGCCUCCAGUUUGGGGGGCUGGAAGAGACCAUAUUUGGACCAGAAGGGGGAGGUGGAGAGGAGUGAGGGGUCAGCAAACACUGUAACAGUAAAUGCUUCUUCUUUUUUUUUUGCUAUUUGGCUUUUCAAAAACAGGCUUUAAAAAGUACUUGCCUUCAAAAAUAGACGCCUUCUCCUCAGAGACUCCAGCCUAACACUGAAUAAAACAGUUUUUCAGGUCGUCAUGGUACUGCCUUGUCACUCACAUGUAGCUUCGCCUUAAAUCCACCCUCGCUUUCUGGUCUAUUUAACUCUAAAUGGGAUCAUAAUUCACAAAAUGAGCAUCAUGCUGAACUGAAGAAGACUUGAAACUACAAAAUGAGACAAUAAACUUAUUAGGAAAAUGUUCACUGAGGGAAUAAAUCAACUGGAAAGUCGGAGCAUUUUUUCAUAGACUUCUAUGGAAUCAGGCUUUUUUUUUUUAAUCCAGAAGGGUUGCCCCCUGUUGGUCAUUAGAAAGAGUGCGGGUUUGAGGUUCAGACCACUUCUUAUAUGCAGUCUGUGUGCAGGCCAUGAUAACAGUUCAGAAUGAUGGGAUGUGUUUCUCUCACAGGUGGUAACAUGUUUGUACGCAGGUGUAACAUACAGGUAUAAUGAACUUGUACAAAGUGUUUCCUUUCAGAGUAAAAGAACAAUGUUGCCUGA